UAAUAGAAGAGGCGACCACUCGCCAAAUCAUCGAGUGGGGAAAAAAAAGUGGAAGCGUGUGGAAAGCGGUUUAGAGGGUUAGGGCUCGAAAGGAGAGGAGGGGGGAAAAAACAAUAACAACAGGCAAGGGAUUAGGCAUCGACCGAGCAAUCAGGAAGUCCAUUUAGGGCAAAGCAGAGUCCAAAAUGCUCCCAGACUUCAGUCGGCAUCGUUAGAGCCGAGCCGCCGGAAUGAAUAAAAAAACCACACAAAGAAGGAAGGAGCUAAUUCAGGUGAAAAAUGAAAGACGUCACCCGGACGACCGUUGCCACUGCUUGCUGUGAUUUUUCACUGCCGAUGAGUAAGAGGAGGUAAGCUGGUCAUGGUAGUGCCUGGGGCAUGGAAAUGGAAACGGAGAGAGCCGUCGCUGGAUAUGAGGAGCAUGCGUCAGCAUUAAGGAAGGGUGAACAAGAGUCAGAGAGAGAGAGAGAGAGGCAAGCAGUGACAGCAGAGAUGAGCACAACUGAGCACAAGAGAGAGAUUGAGGUUAGAAGCUGAUGUGAGGAUACAAGCGGAGCCUGUUAGACUUUUCACCUUCUGUGCCACACCUUGGCUUCAUCCUCCUAACACUCCCACCUCUUGACUGCAGCAGCUCCAAGGACCCAGGCUGGAAUUUCAUUGUCUGAGGGACAAUAAUCGUCGCUGAAUGACUUCUGAAUGAUCAUUUUCACACCCCAGAAGCUUCUUAAUGCUGCUGACAUAUGAAAAGGACAGACCGUUCAAGAGGAUUGCAUUCUGUAUAUCUUCUCAAAAGCGGAGCUACUCCUGCCUGCACGAACUGAAUUGAGUUAUUCAUUCUGUAUUAAGAAUUAUUGUUUGCAGAUUAUCAGCACAAUUACACUUCUGAAAACUGUUUCCAUGAAGAUCAGCAGCUUUGUUUUCAGAGACUAGUCAGUUCCUGUCACAAAGGUGUGAAAAUGAAGAACUCAUUGUCCGGCCAUUUUAAACGAAUGCUGACUCAACCUAAACGAUAAAGACAAUGAAGGUGGGUAUUACUGGAUGCAGGAGUGACAGCAGAGUUAGCAGAGUAAUAAGACGUAUUGUGCCAGGCGUUGCGGAAUAAUGCAACGCCGCUCCGUGAACGACGCCCAGAAUAUCGCACUUGUCUUCCUGCAUGGAUGUCGAAGCGAGCUGACUGACCGACUGAGUGUGUGGGUUGCUCACUGGGCUGGAGCAGCAGCUAUUUGAGGACACGUAGCACCCGAACAGGUACCGGCUGGGUCUCAGAACUCCACCAUGGGGGAGACGGCAGAAUACCAGAGACUACAGGAGACGACAGAGUCGGAUUACCAAAGGCUGCCUAGCGAUGAUGAAGAGAAACUGGGCAGCAGCAUGCAAUGUGAGGAAGGGACGGAAUGGUUGCUGGAACUGCUGAUGGAAGUGCAGCUGCAGCAGUACUUCUUACGGAUCCGAGAUGACCUUAACGUCACACGGCUGUCGCACUUUGACUACGUCAAGAAUGAAGACCUGGAGAAAAUCGGCAUGGGUCGACCUGGGCAGAGAAGGCUGUGGGAGGCCGUGAAAAGGAGGAAAGCCAUGUGCAAGCGCAAGUCCUGGAUGAGCAAGGUUUUUAGUGGUAAACGUCCAGAUGGAGGAGACAUACCCCAGCAGGGUCAACCGGCUUCCUCGUUUCGUAAGCUGUCUCCCACACCACCUCUGGGCGUCGGGGAGGAAGUCCUAGCCACGCAGCCCAGUGGUGGCGCUCUCCUCGACGGGCAGCAGCAGGGUCUGACCUGCCUCAUCCCAGAGAAGGACUUGACGCUGUUUGAGAAGCUGGGCGACGGCUCAUUUGGCGUGGUGAAGAGGGGAGAGUGGUUGACACCUGCGGGGAAGGUGCUGAACGUGGCCGUGAAGUGUCUGAAGACAGAUGUGCUCAGCCAGCCCGACGCUCUGGAGGAUUUCGUCUGCGAGGUCAACGUCAUGCACUCGCUGGACCAUCAAAACCUGAUCCGCCUCUACGGUGUGGUGCUCACACACCCAAUGAAGAUGGUGACUGAACUGGCACCUCUCGGUUCACUGCUGGAGCGUUUGCGCUGCGUUCGUCCUCAAGGCCCAGUGUUGAUCCACACUCUGUGUCAGUAUGCUGUGCAGGUGGCUUGUGGCAUGGCUUAUCUGGAGCAGAGGAGGUUCAUCCACAGGGACCUGGCAGCGAGGAACAUCCUGCUGGCCUCGGCUCACAGAGUGAAGAUUGGUGACUUUGGCCUGAUGAGGGCGCUGCCUAACAACCAUGAGCACUAUGUCAUGCAGGAGCAUCGCAAGGUCCCCUUUGCGUGGUGUGCCCCAGAGAGUUUAAAGACCAGAACCUUCUCCCAUGCAACAGACACUUGGAUGUUUGGAGUCACCCUCUGGGAGAUGUUCACACAUGGUCAGGAGCCUUGGCUGGGUCUUAAUGGUAGUCAGAUUCUCCAUAAGAUUGAUAAAGAGGGUGAGCGCCUCCCUAAGCCAGAGGAUUGUCCACAGGAUAUCUAUAACGUCAUGCUGCAGUGCUGGGCUCAGAAACCUGAUGACAGACCAACUUUUGUUGCUCUACGCGAGUUCCUGCUCGAGUCUAUGCCUACAGACAUGUGUGCUCUCCAGGACUUUGAUGAGCCUGACAAACUCCAGAUCCAGGUCGAUGACAUUAUCACCAUCAUAGAGGGGAGGGCAGAGAAUUAUUGGUGGCGAGGUCAAAAUAAGCGCACCCUUAAGGUCGGGCAGUUCCCCAGGAAUGUGGUGACUUCUGUAGCAGGGUUGUCUGCACACGACAUCAGUCGUCCACUCAAGAACAGCUUCAUCCACACAGGACAUGGAGACACCAACCCCCAUCGCUGCUGGGGCUUCCCUGACAGGAUCGAUGAUUUGUACCUCGGGAAUCCCAUGGAUCCUCCUGACGUUCUGGGCUUGGACCUCAGUGCUGCACAGCCCACACAGCUAGCAGGACGAGCUAAAAAGGAGCCUCCUCCCCGCCCUCCUCAACCAGCAGUGUUAAUCAAGAAACCUUCCUAUGACCCAGUAAAUGAAGAGGAGGAUCUGACCUCUGCGGGACUAAAGAGAUUAUCACUUCGGAAAACGGGUUCUGUCAAAGGCCUCAAACUUAAACCGGCCGUGUGGGUCUCUGCUUCCAAACAGGGAGGUGGCAGGACUUUAGGCUCAGGCCAGAACACUAACAGUGACGUGUCCCUCAUUGACUUUGGGGAAGAGUACCCAAUAUCCACACCCUCCCCCUCUCCCGUGGUUGAAAUUCCGAUUCCUCUAUUGGCCAAGUUGGCUUUGGAAGCAGAAAAUCUCCUGGACAGGACUCCACCUCAAAGCCCAUCCAAAUCAUUGCCCCGCCCCCUUCACCCUACGCCAGUAGUGGACUGGGAUGCACGGCCAUUACCCCCACCCCCAGCUUAUGACGAUGUAGCGCAAGAUGAGGAUGAUAUGGAGGUGAGCUCCAUCAACAGCUCGGAGCAGCGGAAUGAGGCAGAGCAUAGUGAUGGCCGCAAUCCAGAAGAAACUCUGUCCUCUGGGCAGAAGGUCAAUGAUGAGGCUCUAGUCUCCAGAGGUUCAGACAGACCAGGUCUGGAAGACAACCUGUUUCUCCCCAGCAAGCACAGCCAGGGCCUGUCCACCUCUUUUUCACAGUCUGCAGAGCUCUUUCAAGAACUUCAACAAGAGUGCAUGAGGAGGCUCAAUGUACCGGCAGCAAGUGCUCCUCGUUCGUGCUCACCAUUGCAGAGCUCAGUCUUGUGUCCCCAGACUCCUCAAAGUCCCCAAACCCAUGAGGGACAACAGCAGAGUGUCCUCUCCUGUAACGAGGAUCGACCCCAGAUCCCUCCACGAGUUCCCAUCCCCCCUCGCCCCAUAAAGAAGGGUGACUACACCUCUGGCCGCUGGUCAAGGGACCUCUCCCUUUCUCCAGUCCCGACUGAAACCAUGGAAAACGUUUCAGGCGCAGGACAGGAACGACCACCUCAGAUCCCUCCCAGAGACCCUUUGUCACAGCCUGGAUCAAGAACUCCAAGCCCAAUGGGUCUGGUAGUGGGUUCCCCCCAGCAGAGGCUCUACUCUGUCAGCCCCAACACAAUGCAGGCUGCCAUUACAACCUGCCCACCCACACACACCUACAGCUCCUACCUCUCUACCUCUCCGGGUAAACUCAUGCCUACUACACACAGCUUUGCUUCGGACCCCAAAUAUGCUGCACCCAAAGUGAUCCAGGCCCAGGUGCAGGGGAAGGACGCUGCUAGCAAGGGCCCCUGUAUCCUGCCCAUCGUCCGUGAUGGGCGUAAAGUCAGUAACACCCACUAUUACCUUCUGCCAGAGAGGCCACCGUAUCUCGAUCGAUUCGAUCGCUUCUUCAGGGAGGCUGAGAGCCUUCCUGCCAACGAUGUGGAAGAAAAGCAUGUACGGCAAGCCAACACAGCCACAGUCAGACCGAUGGUGGUCGGCAGUCACACACUGCAGGGGCACACCCAGUUGCAGGGGCUGGUCCAGCCAGGUGGUGACCUGAAAGCCAAUUUCUCCUCCAAUAAUAACAGCAAUCUGGGUUGGCCACGGUCAGGGAUGAAGAGUUCAGUUAGUCUUCCUCGCGUCUCUUCAGACGGGCUGACAGCACCAGCAGUCACUGCUUUCUGUACCAGGACAGACGGAGGAGGGAACUCAGCUGAUAGGGUCAAGAUGGUGCAGGAGGCGGUUCACGGUGUGACGAUGGAGGAGUGCCAGGCCGCCCUCCAGAACCACAACUGGAAUGUCCAGCAAGCUGUGCAUUAUCUAAAGGUAGAACAGUUGUUCUGUUUGGGCCUGAGGAGCAGAUCAGAGUGUCUAAAGCUGCUGGAGAUGUGUGACUGGAACCUGGAGGUGGCCAGCACUCACAUGCUGGAUAACUAUGGAUUUACAACAAGGCAAAGACGGUGACAGAAAUCUCAAGCUGCUGAGCUCUGAUUGGAACUUCAUCCGCAGUAAAACAUCAUCAGAGAUGAAUCAUCUCCUGACCUUUUUUGUCUGUUGGUUCAGUCACACUUCCAAUCAAGACUGUAUUAGAGAACGGAGAAAUCAAGCACAAAAUACCAAACUUCAUUAUGGCUGUGUUUGUACUUAACAUGGAUGUGUAGGGUCAUAUUUUUACUUUGGUGUGCCCACCCAAGGGCAAGAAAUGACUGUACUUCUAUUUUCAGGACCAGCGGGUUAGCCUGAAAUGUCUCACAGAUUCUGGGUGCUGCCACACUCAGACGUCAUCUUGUGAGCUACUUGCAUAGAAAAAGAAAUGGUUUGAAAGGAAAUGUAAAGAGGCCAAAAUGAGAUGGCUAGCGCAAUAUACAUAGGAGCACUUUCAAAAACACAAAAAGGCUUUGUGUUGUGUCAAAGCAAUGCACAGUUUACUGGAGAGCUCACAUGGUGUACAAUAUCAGCACUGAACCUAAGAACUGUACCGUGUGCGUACAGUUCUUUAAAGCUAAACCUCCUGUAUUAGCAGCUACUGCAUCGCUUAGAAAAUAAUUUGUGAAGACCAUUUUUAAAGCUCACACAGUACCUCUGAAACAUCCAAGCACAAUAAAAUAAGCCAUUUAAUUGGCUGACAACUCUGUAUUGUACAGGAGAUUAUUCUGCCCAUUGAAGGAAAGUGAAAAUAUGGAGAUAAGCAUCGAAUCAAGAUAAUUCAUGGAAAUAUAAGACGGCAGAAGAAGUUUGUACACUUGUACACCUAUAUUCAAGGGUAUAUACAAUAUGCUCUUUAUGAGGAGGCAUGCAUGUGUGUAUGAUAUUGUUUAAUAUAUCUUGAACAUAGUCCUCAGAGAUGAGAGAAGACUGUUAUUUCCAUUACUUGUGACACCAUCUUUUUAAAAAUAUUUCAUUCUCUUCUGUUUCUAUUGCCACAUGUGGCUAAAAAAAAUACCCAUCCAGUGGAAACUUUCUUCACUGCAGGUUUAGUCUUUCCUUAUUUCUUCCCUCUAAGCACUUUGCCUACACAGAAUCCUGCGCAUCAACCGAAAAGUCCUGCCAGUGUGCGGUUUUCUCCGUGCACCCAGAAUACACCGGCAGCUAAUAUCAGCGGUGUAGUGAAAUUUACCCCAAGGCACAGAUCCCAUCCCAUAAUCAUCACUUAAGACCACAACUGUGAUAUUUUGGUCAGCAGCUUUAGGGGUAAUAAUUUAAUACUGAGAGGACGCGUCUGGUCUGGGUGAACUGACUGCUCGAUGAGAUGGUACUCUUUUUUUUUUUUUCUUUUUUUUUUGACUGUAUUGUCACUGCAGCAGAGCCAGUUAACAGGGAACAGUUGGGCUCCUCCUGAUAUUUAUUCUUAGUAUGUGGGGACGACGCCAGUGAAAGGAAGGAAAAUCUACAGUAAGGUAGACUGAAUACUUUUGUGUGGCCAACCACGCAAAAGUAUUGGUUACAAAAGUAACCAAUACUGGAAAGCAGUGCUUUACAUAGUUUUUAGUUAGCUCCCAUGAUCUCUGUGGUGCUCCUCUUUGAACUGUCUUUGCCAAAUUAUCUAUUUUUCUUUCUGAAUUACAUUAUAUUACAUGUAAAACACAUAAUAUGUGUGUUCAUGUGUGAGAUGGCACAUAUGCUCUGGCUUUGGUCCAAACCAGAGCUCCUCAAUAUGUCUACAAAUCUCCAAGGAUGCGACUGAAAAAAAAAGAAAAGAAUAAAAAAGCUAAUACAGAGUCAUAACAACCGGAAAAAUUAAGAGGCUUUGAAAUAAGUUUUGAAAUAUAUUUUUUAAAGGAUGUACAGGACUGAUUGUAGAAACUUCCAGUAAAAGCUUUCUCCCAUGUGCAAUAGGGCUGCUGUCAAUCCUCUAACCUCCCAGCCUGUCCGUCAGUACCAUCCAGUAGCAAAAGCAGAGAUUUUAUCUGUUAUAAUCUAUCCUGCUAAUUGAAUAAGAAAAAUCAAAAGAAAAGCUGUUUUUCAGUGUAAAAUGUUUGUUGACUGUUUUUCUGACCCAAAGUGAGAUAAAGUUGUGUCCUUAAGCACUGAUUCGGGGCCAGUUUUGCCAUUUUCCCUUUAAAGUCACGCGGUGAAGCUGACCGUGAAAGCAGUGCAUAAGGACAGCUGCAUGUGAGUGCUGCCUCCUUAGUCUGUUCACGUGUUGUUUGUCUUCAUACCGAGCUGCUGUAGUUGUAUUAGAAGGACUGAAGUUAACCUUGUGGUGUUUUGGUGAACCCAAAGCAAAGUUCUCCUGUUGGGGUGUUGAAACUCUGAUGUUCUGUUUCUGUUAAACAGUCAGAUCUGUUUUGGGUUUUUUCCAGAAUCUGUGUUCAUUUAAAAUCUUUAUUUUUUAUUGGUUUUGCUGUUUCUCCUUCAAAUUGCCAUAUGUUUUUCCUCAUUUUGAUGUAUUUGCCUUCCCAGAAUGUGUUUCAUUGUAAAUGCCUACUGUACAGUUGGUUGUUAUUGUCAUAGAUGGAAAUUAAGAUCAUGCUGCGGAAUUUAUAAAUGUAUUUUUUACUAAAGAAUUAACUAUUUUUUAACUUGU